CAGUCUCCAGGAAAAUUACAAGUGAAUACAUGACCACGACUUCAAGAAGACACACCAGCAGACAUACACUAUAACACAUACAUCAUGACCUAUUAUGAGCCUUACUCCUCAGACAUGUAUGGUUACAAUGACCCGUACGGUUACAAUGACCCAUACGGUAACUAUGACCCCUACGGAUACAACGAAAGCUUUGAUGACUCCCCACCCCCAGAACCGAGUAAGGAUUGGGUAGACGUACCAAAAGUAAAUCGAUCUUACGUGAGAAAAAUACCUAAAGAACUAAUUAAAGCAGAAUACGAACACUUAAGAGGUGAAAGUUUAUAUUACAUAGAAGCCAUGGUUGAGUUCAUAGAUCUGAAUGAUGAAAUAUUGAUUAGCCCAGAGAAAAAUAAGAAACGUGACGGUAAAACAGUUACACAAUUACAAAUAUUGAGCCUUCCAACAACAAACCCUUCUACUGUUUCUAAGGAUGAGUCACUGGAUAUUAAGAAAUCAGUUACAUCACAUGAUGUAGUGAUCUUACCAUUAUUGGAAUGGUUUCAAAACCUGUUUGCUGAUUGUGUUAGACGAGCUGAUGAAUCAGAUAAAAGAAAUGAGAGCGAGGAGAAAAAAGAGGAAAAUGGCGAAGAUGGCAAGGAAAGAAAAAAAUCAAAAGGGAAACAAGACGGGGAAAUAGUAGAUAAACCAACAAAAAAGUCAAGGACGAACGUCAUGGAAGGUAAUAGCGUGUUGCUGUUAACAACCGGAUUAGAAAUGAUCCAGAGACUACAAACACAACUAGUAACGGUAGAAGUUGGAAGAAGUGACGUCACCAUCCAAGAGGUCGUGCCUCUAGGGGUCGCUUCAGUUAGACUUCCAGAGACCUUCCAUCAAACUGUCCUUCAGCGGGCAGCGAUAAAGAAGUCUUUCAUUGUACCUAUACUAGGAGAGGAAGGUGCAGAAAUAGGUGGGGUGGGAUUAACGAUAUCACUAGUGUGUUUAGGCCAGGGGCUGGAAGUUGGUUAUUUAGAAACUCCGAAAUUACACGGAAAAGUCAAGUUAAUAGAAUCUUUCACCCAAAAUGUGGCUGAAUCUACUCUAGAUCCACCCAUACAUCCAAGACUGGCAGUGAAACUGAUGAAUUUGGAAGCACCUUUGUACUUAAACAGAACGAGUUCUGAGAUACUUCAAGAUUGUUUGGACAAAAAUCGUUUGGAUGGUAAAGACAUGAUUACGUACAAGAAGGGGAAUUGCCGAUGGUUGGAAAUCGCCAGAGAAUUAUCAAGUACUCCAAAAAUGAGUUUGCAAAGUAUGAGUUCGUGUUCGUUUGACUUUGAUGUAUUAUCUUUACCAGAUACCUCUGGGUUUUGGUCUUUCCUAAACUGUCCAAGAGGUAGGACGGAUCCGGAACUUGAUAUACUUUGGAGGAAACUGAAACAACAGUGCAGAGGUAUGGGAAAUGAACUACAAAAUGUAGAAAACAAAAAGAAAGCACGGUUCGAAGAACUUGAAGAACUUUUGAAACAAGACAAGGGAGAGGGCUGGGAAGAUGAGAGUGAGUCAAAUUCGUCGAGACUUUCGAAACGGGGAACACGAAGUUCUAAGUCCCCAAAAAGUUCACGUAGGAAGAGCACUAAAAAAUCUUCACUUUAAUUACUGUUAAUAAAUGCAUAAUAUAAAUACAUAAAAUACAA